GAGUCAGCGCAGUCUGCUGAGUAGUCGAGAGUGUGUAUCAGAAGGAAAGGAGAGCUCAAAUCUCUGCGGUGCAGAGCUGGAAGGCUGCUUCUCCAAGCAAAAACACCAGACGCCCAAGUCUAUAUCUUAUUUUCCUGGCUGAAACAAGGACUAUACCGUAUAUCUUAUUUGACGAGGACAGGACAGGAGCCUGCGUCAACUAAAACUCGGUAUUCUUUUCUUCUUUUUUAAUUUAUGUGUUUAAUUUUUAAGUUCGUUUCUGCUGCAAGGACUGACGGUUUACUUUUUGCACUGAGGCGAAAUUCUACCUCCACACUCCUUGUCUGUUGACCACAUCAGAACCAGCAAGCAAAAGUAGGCUACAUGACGCAAAUUCCCAUGUCGUUUGCUGUGCAUUAGUCUGAAGUUUUUCCCACUUAUUUUUAAUUUUCUAAUUUUUUUAAAUCUCGGAACGGUGUUGCAUGCAACAGUACACGAGUCUGCAUCAUUGGAUGAAUAGGAAAAACGACUGUAUGAGACAAGAGAGUGGAGAAGAGACGCUUAUUAUUAACAAGUCUGUUUUCGUGACGCUGGCAAACACCUUCGCCCAUCUGCAGCAGAGUCGCAGCGGCACCAUGAGCGCAGAGCUGAGCAUGGGCCCGGAGCUACCCAACAGCCCUCUGGCUCUGGAAUACGUCAACGACUUUGACCUAAUGAAGUUCGACGUGAAAAAGGAAGGUCUGGCCGGCCUGGAACGCGCGGCCGUGCGCCAGUGCACUCGGCUUCAGCCCCAGGGCUCUGUGUCCUCCACCCCGAUCAGCACACCGUGCAGCUCUGUGCCUUCAUCGCCUAGCUUCAGUCCCACAGAGCAGAAGAACCAUCUGGAGGAGCUCUACUGGAUGCCCAACGGCGGGUACCACCAGCAGAUUGACCCACAGACGCUGAGCCUGACCCCGGAAGACGCAGUGGAGGCCCUGAUCGGAGUCACAGCCCACGGCCACCCCCCUCCCCCGCACGUCCAGCAGCAACUGCAGCAGGGAGGUUUCGAAGGCUACCGAGGCCCUCACCACCACCACAACCACCAUGGCCAUCCCCAGCAGCACCACCAUCCGUAUGGGGGAGGGCUACCACAUCACCCGGAUGACCUGCCUGGACACCCGGGAGGGCACAGCCACCCACACACCCAGCACCACCACCACCACAGCCAGGACCCAGACAGCCCAUCCCCUGUUUCCCCAGACUCCCACCAAGCCCUCCACCACCAUCGCCACCAUCACCACCACCCACACGGCCACCAGGGCCAGGGGCACCCAGGCUCGGGCAAUGUGGAGGACCGAUUCUCUGACGACCAGCUGGUGUCCAUGUCUGUGAGGGAGCUGAACAGGCACCUGAGGGGAUUCACCAAGGACGAGGUCAUCCGUCUCAAGCAGAAGAGGAGGACCCUGAAGAACAGGGGCUACGCACAGUCCUGCCGUUUCAAGCGGGUGCAGCAAAAACAUGUCCUGGAGAACGAGAAGACGCAUCUGAUAAACCAGGUGGAGGCGCUCAAGGCGGAGAUCAACCGGUUGGCGCGCGAGAGGGACGCCUACAAACUCAAGUGCGAGAAACUGACAGGAACAGGAGCGAAUAACGGGAUCCGCGAGGCAGGGUCCACUAGUGACAACCCGUCAUCACCAGAGUUUUUCAUGGCCAAGGUAGAGGACCUACAGCUUCAUGCUGCUCCAGCUCUACCAGGGGGGAACCUGCCUCUUCACACCCAGCCAAGCCUCCUCCCGACUGGGAGGAAUCUCUCUCCUUUGGGACAGGAGCUCAACUGAGAGCAGCCGUGCUCAGAAUCCAGGUCCUGGCUCCGUCCUCCCGCCCCAGGCCCGGCUGUCUGUUUCACCACUACCCAGAGACAGAAAGGUGGAGGAAAAAAGGUUGUGGACCGGGAGAGAUAGAGGGGUGCUGCACAGAUGUUGAAGCUUAAUUUGACUGUCACAUCAUCAGAGAGACCUUUCCCACACAGCAGAAAAUGCGAUCCUGCCCGAGUCUUGAAAAUGCUUCUCAGCCAUUCUGUUUAGGUCUUUGUCGAUAAUUUAUGUGGUUUCUAAUAAAGCAAAUUUGAAACAUUA